UCUCUCUCUCUCACUUUAUUUAUCUACCUAUCUAUCUAUCAAUCUUUCUCUCACUCUCCCCUGUCUCUCUUCCUCUUUCUACUCCCUUCCCCUCUUGUUCUCUUCACUUUUUCUAUUUUUGUUCAAUGUUUCCCGCUUAUUAAGAGAUACGCGAACUGAAUACACACACACACACACACACACACACACACACACACACAUCAACACACACUCACAACACAUACAUACAUACAUACAAACAUACAUACUAACUACACAACACUGUUGGCCUUAUAUAUGUAUAUAUAGGCAUCUGUAUAUAAAUAUAUAUAUAUAUAUAUAUAUAAAAAUACACACACUCAUAUGCAUACAUAUAUAUAUAUAUACGUAUGUGUGUGUGUGUGUGAAUCUAUUUAAGAAUUAGAGUGGAGGUGGAGGCAAAAGGAAACGAAGAAAAGGGAGAGGAAAUUUAGUGGUCAGGCCAAACAGGAGAAUCCUACUUUGAAACAAGAACAAAACAAAACAAAACAAAGAGUAUAAGGCUGAAACAUUAAAGUUUCUAUUCAUCGAUACUAAUUGAUCAAGAGGGUGACUUAGGUAUCAAUGAACAGCACAAGUUAUUGAUAGAUUGUUAAACAAACUGAAAAUGCACGACAGAGUCCAUUACUUGCUGAAGCGCUUUAUUAUCUUCUUCAACUUGCUGAUUGCGUUUUCUGGGGCCAUUAGUAUUGGUCUGGGACUUUGGAUUAUUCUUGACGAUGUAUCAUCGCUAGCUUUCACUAAAGUGAAUGAGCUUCAACGAUUGGAACCCAGUAUUGUGGAACUGGGUGCUUAUGUGGUCAUUGCAGGAGGUUGUGCAGCCUUCAUGUUUGGAUUUCUGGCAAUUCUAUCAGUUUGUAGUGAAAGCAAGUGCUGUCUUACAUUUUACAUCGCCGUUAUCGCGUCGGCGCUCACAUUGCAAGUAUCAUCUGCCACAAUGGGAUUCAUGUUUAAAGAUAAGUGGCAAAACCAUUUGGAAAAUGAAGUUCUUCAAGAAAUCUCAUCCAGUUUUGAUGGCAAAGUUAACUCUAACAAUACGUUUACUCAAAUAUUGAAUUCAUUCCAGAUAACGUUUGAAUGCUGUGGUGUUAAUAAUUACACUGAUUUUGAAAGAGCCAAUCUCUGGACAAAGAAUUACAAUGGAACAACCACAAUAAUACCACUGUCUUGUUGCCGAGAUCGGAGAAUUACAACAGACUGUCUGACUUCGCCAAACGGGAAGAAUUCUUAUAUCGAGAAGGGUUGCAAGCAAACUAUCACUGAUUUGGUAACACGGUAUCACGGUGUCUUGAUUGCAGUAUCAUUAACAAUACUUGUUCUUGAGUGCCUGUCCCUCUACUUUUCAUUAACGUUCUUAGGAAUCAUAGUCUCAAAAGAAUAUGAACUGGACCAUUAGAAAACUGCUUAUUCUGAACGCUUCCACACCAUUCUUCAACAACGGAGUUAAACAUAUCGACUGCUUUCCAUCAUGAUUGCCUCAGCAUACACUAAAACAUUUUUUUUAUAUGCCACUACAUAUAUACAUUUGACAUAGAAGUUGUUUUUUUUUUCCUCAAUAAAAGCUUUAAAUAUAAAAUGAAACAAAUUAA